AUGGAGCCAUCUUGCAAAGCGGCACUUCUGGCGGCUCUGAGCACGAACAGGUUUCUGGCUGUGUUGAAUGAUGACGAGUUGCUCUCUGUGGUGCACAUGUUGGAGGUGAUUCGGGAUGCUGCUGGACUUGGACUGUUGCUGGAAGAGGGCAAGGAGCCUGACAGCAUCUACGUGGUUCAGGAGGGAUCUCUGAAUGCAAGCGUCGCCGGAAAGCUGUCGGCAGUUCUGGGUGUUGGUGCGUGUGUCGGCAUUGAAGGAGUGCUGCGGGGCACACAGCCCCAAUCUGUUUCUGUUGGAUCUCCCAGUGCGGUGCUCUGGCGAGCCGAUGCUGCUGCCAUCUCUAGGCUUCUGGAAGAGAAGGCGUUGAAGGCAGCGGCCGAAACACGGAAAUUCAUUGACCGCGUGCGAUUGUUCGAUUUUCUGCCGGAAGAGAAGAAGGUCCAUCUGCCCAGUCUGACCGUUCAUCACGAGGUUCUCCACGCAGGAGACCGAGCCCUGACGCAAGGGGAAAUACCGCUCGCCAUUUUCAUCGUGAAGACGGGCAGGUGUCACCAGCCACACUGCAAGAGCUUCAUAGCUGAGAACCGCAGGAGGCCGAACAAGAAACGCGAGCUGUCGACCAGGAUGUGGACCUAUUUACCUGGAGAAGUUAUUGGUGCCGGGGCAUAUCUGUUUGGACGGCUGCAAAGCCCAGCAAGGACAGAUGUGACGGCUGAGAAGGAGUGCACGCUAUUGUCCUUGAACUUGAAGCAGCUGGUUCAGACCUUCGGAGAUGACCUUGACGAGUGCCUGCAGCGGGCUUUCAUGGUCUUCGGCCUGAAUCAGCUUCCUUUCCUCGCUGGCCUCACAGCCGCGCAGAAGCAGGUCAUUGUGAAAGCCAUGGAGGUGAAGCAUUACCGCGCUGCUGAGCAAGUCUCCGUCGAUGUGCAGUUUGCCAUGGUCUUUGAUGGCACCUUGCUGGUGCAACAGGGAACUGGUCCCAUUUUGGAGCUGGGUUUUGCGGAACACUACCUCGAUUCGACAUUGUUCUCGGCCCAGGGAGAUGCAGAGCGAGCAGAUGAUGAGCUGAAGGAAGCCAGUGAUUUGAUUGAGGAGGAGGUCAAGGGUGCGACGCGUCUCACUGGUGGAGCCUCUGGUGUUUGCCUGGCCACUCUGGCUGCUCCCGGGGCCGCCAAAGCAUUCAAGGAGAUGGGCUUAUCGCCAGUUUACAGCGCCGAGGACACGAAUGACAUCGCUCUGGAGGUUUUGCAGGCUCGGCGUGUGUCUGUGUUGAGGCAUCUGUCAGGUGCCCAAAUUGAACGACUUGUCAAGCUGUUGGUGCCGCGGGUCUAUGCUUCUGGUGCCUCUAUCUUCGAGCAGGGGGAGAUCGGCACGGCCUUCUACAUAGUCGCGAGUGGCCAGGUUCAAGUAUUCAUUGAUGGGAAACCGGUCCGCACGCUGGCAAGGCAUGGGCAUUUCGGAGAGCGGGCGCUGCUGUUCGAGGGGCAGCGGCGCACGGCCUCUGUGCGUGUCCGAAGCCACGAGGCGGAGCUGUGGUGCCUGGAGAAGGUGGCCUUUGAGGAAGUUCUGACGGACCACUUGCGAGAGGAGAUCAUGCGAAGAAUUGAGAUUCAGGACUCGCAAACUGACCUGAAAGACUUAUGCCAUGUUCGCGUUAUCGGUAUUGGAGGUUUCGGCCAUGUGAGGCUCGUCGAGCACCGCCGGACAAAGCUUCGGUAUGCUUUGAAGCAGGUGAAGAAGGUUGACGGCCGAGUGCCAGAAAACGUCCGUAGGGAGUGCGAGCUCCUGGCUGAGAUGGACCAUCCGUUUAUUUUGGAUAUGCUACAGGUGUAUGAGACUACGAAAAGUUACUACAUCCUCAUGGAGUACAUCAUGGGAGGGACUUUGCGUACCGUUCUGCAGGCCGAAAGGACGCUGCGGCGCGAAGCUGCGUGCUUCUAUGCGGGCUCACUGAUCAUGGUGCUGGAAGUGCUGCACGACAGAAAUAUCGUUUAUCGGGACCUGAAGCCAGAGAAUGUCAUGGUGGAUGCCAGAGGUUAUGUGAAGCUCAUCGAUUUUGGCAUCGCUAAACGAUUAGACGAGGAUGGCCGGACAUUUACUUGUGUCGGAACUGCGCACUACAUGGCUCCAGAGGCCAUUCUGAGCCGAAGAGAGGGCUACGGCACCGAGGUUGACACCUGGUCGCUGGGCGUGCUCCUCUUUGAAUGCCUUUGCGGCCAGCAUCCAUUCGGAGCUUUCUUAAAUGAGCAGCAGGAGGUCUUCGAAGCGGUGCUGAAGCAGGAGCUGGCCUUUCCCGAAGCAUACCAAGACCCUUGCGGGCGUCGCCUGUUGCAGGAGAUGUUGGAGAAGAGCCCCCAAAAUCGACUUGGUGCCGGAGUGUUUGGUUGGGACGACGUCAAGGAGCAUGACUUCCUCGCCUGGCCCGGAGAUGUGAGCCUGUUUGACUGCAUAGUGGAGCGGAUGGUUCAUCCCCCACAUGUGCCCAAGAGUGCAAGCUUCGUUGACUGUUCGCAGGAGCUAACUUUCAACGAUUGGCACGAAGAGAAGGAGAUCGUGCGCAGCCGAAGGAAGUGCGUCACGUACAGAUGA